CUUAAAUUUACCGGGGUAUUUCUCACCCCACUGUGAAGGAAUCUUGGGAAACUCUUCUUUCCAUCUAUUUUGAUCAAAUCUUUUUCUACUUGAUGGUUUUACUCUUCAUUUCCUUGCAGAUCGCGAAGUUGGAGAUUUAAUGCGUUGCUAACGCUGAUAUUUGGCAUCUCCUGUGCCAAGAUCUGUUCAGGAUGCAGGGGAAGCUAUACAAGCCUACUCCACCGCCGCAACUCUCCGAUUCCAAUCGGCGGAUCAUUGACUCCAACAGUUCAUCAAAGCGAGUCUAUCAAGUCUGGAAAGGCAGUAACAGGUUCUUUCUUGGAGGCAGACUUAUAUUUGGUCCAGAUGUUAGGUCACUAUUAUUUACAGUAUUUCUAAUUGUUACUCCAGUAAUAUUGUUUGGUGCUUUUGUUUCUCAAAAGCUGGUUACUGAGUUUCCAUACCAUCUCGGCAAUCUUAUAGUGGCGAUUUCUGCUAUCUUCACAAUAUAUAUAAUCAUGCUUCUCUUCCUUACAUCUGGAAGAGAUCCAGGAAUUAUUCCUCGGAAUCUUCACCCUCCUGAGUUGGAAGAUGACGGUGAUGCCUCUAGCUUAUCCACAGACUGGGCAGGAAAUCAGAGUGGUGCUCCAAGCUUACCACCCACAAAAGAUGUCCUUGUCAAUGGGACGGUAGUCAAGGUCAAGUACUGUCACACAUGCAUGUUAUAUCGACCACCACGAUGCUCCCAUUGCUCUAUUUGCAAUAACUGUGUUGAGCGGUUCGAUCACCAUUGCCCUUGGGUUGGGCAAUGUAUUGGGAAGAGGAAUUACCGAUUCUUUUUCAUGUUCGUGUCUUCCACGACCAUGCUGUGCCUAUAUGUUUUUGCAUUUUGCUGGGUAAACAUCAGAAAAAUAAUGGAAAUCCAUCAUUGUAAUCUUUGGAAAGCUCUUCUGAAAUCCCCUGUUUCAGGCAUCCUCAUAUUAUACACAUUCAUAGCUGUUUGGUUUGUUGGAGGGUUGACAACAUUUCAUCUCUACUUAAUUUGCACGAACCAGACAACUUACGAAAAUUUUAGAUAUCGGUAUGAUGGAAAGAGGAAUCCAUAUAACCUUGGAUGGGUUCGCAAUGUCAGGGAGAUCUUCUUCUCCAAGAUCCCCAUUUCUAGAAACAACUUCAGGGCCAAGGUGCAAGAGGAUUCAUCUUCUGCCUUCAACACCUCGCUCUCAAUGGGCCGUGUUAUGAGCCCAGAGAUGCCUAAAAGAAGCUUUGACAUAGAGAUGGGUGGGAAGCGGCAGGCUGUUGCUGCAGAGGAGUUUGAAGAUAUACAGAAUCAAAUUGAGAGUGUAGCCGCUUUGGAGAGGUGUGGGACUCAACCAAGACAUACCAACUGGGUUCAGAAAGGCAACUGGGAGAUCACACCUGAUUUACAUGCAUUGGCUGCUGAGUUUGGAAUUGAACAUGGCUUAACAGAUAGAGUAAAGAUCGGAGGCCAUUGAGGUGAUAGUACAGAAAGAGCAAACAUGAUCAAAUGGAGGUUGUCUUAUUGUUCUGGGAGUCGAGCACAGGAAAUCUAUUCAUAUUACUGGAACUAGCUGGACCAAGAGUAGUGGGGAGAUUUCUGCUACUAAUUGCAUCGUAUAGAGGUGUUGUUUUGAUUGAGAAGAUGGGCCUGUAGGUUUUGUUUCUUUUGUUUUUUCCUUUGUUUUUUUUUUUUCUGGUGGAGAGAGAGGUCGAUGGUUCAAAGUAUUUUGUACAUUGGAACUGUUACUGUAGUUUGCGAGGGUAGUUGAUGGUU